UGAACAGAGCGCGGAGCCACUCGGACCAACUGGGAGGAGACGCUGGGAAAUUUAAAGGGUUGAGGGGGGAAGGAGGAGAGAAGAGCGUGAGAGCGGUGUGCGCUUCGGCUGAGCGGUGUAGAAUGCUGGCUCCGGUGAGGCUCGGCCUGCCCACAUGACCUUCGCCACCACCAUGCUGUGCCCUUGGCGUGGGAAGCUGAAGCUGCUGCUGGCCACGGUGACCCUGGUCUUCCUCAUCUCUUGGCUCUACCUCUUUAUGGAUGGAUGUUCCCUUAUGCUGCCUCCUUGCUUUGGGGAACGGUCAAGCAGGUACCUUGACCGUGAGGCCUUAGCAUCCCAGGUACAAAAAAUGGAAGAGGAAAACCAGCUGCUGCGGCUACAGCUCAGCCAAUCCCGGGCACAGGAUGAGAUGGUGGAUGGCACAAACAGCAGGCAGCAGGGAACAGAGUUCAUAGAGGACCAAGAUGGAAGGAACAACCACAGUGGCUGCCCCAGGCAGAGGAUGGUUCAGAAGUGUGAGCUCCUCCAUGUCGCGAUUGUGUGUGCUGGUUACAAUGCAAGUCGGGAUGUCGUUACCCUGGUGAAAUCCAUCCUUUUCCAUAGGAAGAACCCUCUCCAUUUCCACCUCAUCACUGACUUGGUGGCCCGCCAAAUCCUGCAGACCGUGUUCCAGUCCUGGAUGGUGCCUUCGGUUCAUGUCAGCUUCUACAAUGCAGAUGAUUUGAAGCCAGCAGUUUCCUGGAUCCCUAACAAGCACUACUCUGGAAUCUAUGGGCUGAUGAAGCUCACACUCACCAAGGCUCUGCCUUCCAACCUUUCCAAGGUCAUUGUCCUGGACACAGACAUCACCUUUGCCACUGACAUUGCUGAAUUGUGGGCCAUCUUUGGGAAAUUUUCAGACAAACAGGUGAUUGGGCUAGUGGAAAACCAAAGUGACUGGUACCUGGGAAAUCUCUGGAAAAACCAUAAACCGUGGCCAGCUCUGGGACGUGGCUUCAAUACAGGUGUGAUCCUCCUGCUGCUGGAGCGCCUGCGCCGAAUUGGCUGGGAGCAGAUGUGGCGGCUGACAGCAGAGCGAGAGCUCAUGAGCAUGCUGUCCACCUCGCUGGCAGAUCAGGACAUCUUUAAUGCAGUGAUCAAGCAGAGCCCAACAAUGGUCUACCGGCUACCCUGCUUCUGGAACGUGCAGCUCUCAGAUCACACUCGUUCGGAGCAGUGCUACACAGAGGUGUCUGAUCUUAAGGUGAUUCACUGGAAUUCUCCAAAGAAGUUGAGAGUGAAGAACAAGCAUGUGGAGUUUUUUCGGAACCUCUACUUGACCUUCCUUGAAUACGAUGGCAACCUGCUGCGCAGGGAGCUCUUUGGGUGUGCCAGCUUGCCGAGUGGCCAACUCCAGGAGGCCCUAGAGGAGCUGGAUGAAGAUGAUCCUUGCUAUGAUUUCCGAAGGCAGAACCUUAUUCAGCACCGUGUGCACCUCUUCUUCCUGGAAUAUGACUUCCCUGCCUUGGUUGAUGCUACUGAUGUUACUCUCAUAGCUCAGCUAUCCAUGGACAGGUUGCAGAUGCUGGAGGCCAUCUGCAAACACUGGACAGGUCCCAUUAGCUUGGCGCUGUAUAUGUCUGAUGCAGAGGCCCAGCAGUUCCUACGCUAUGCCCAAGCCUCCGAGGUGCUCAGUAAGCGCAGGAAUGUUGCCUAUCAUAUUGUAUACAGGGAAGGGCAGUUCUACCCCAUCAACUUCCUGCGCAAUGUAGCGUUGAGGAAUGCACAGACAACUUACGUCUUUCUGACAGACGUUGACUUCUUGCCUAUGUAUGGCCUUUAUGAUUACCUCAGGACCUCCAUUGUACAGCUGGAGCUGCCCCAAAGGAAGGCAGCGCUCAUUGUGCCUGCAUUUGAGACUCUGCAUUACCGCCUCACCUUUCCCAAAUCCAAAGCGGAGCUGCUCUCCAUGCUGGACAUGGGCUCCCUCUACACUUUCAGGUACCAUGUGUGGCCACAAGGCCAUGCCCCAACAGACUAUGCCAAGUGGCGGACAGCCACAGUGCCAUAUCCAGUGGAGUGGCAGCCACACUUUGAGCCCUACGUUGUAGUAAGGCGAGACUGCCCUCCGUACGACCAGAGGUUUGUUGGCUUUGGUUGGAACAAGGUCUCCCAUAUUAUGGAGCUUGAUGCCCAGGAGUAUGAGCUGCUGGUACUGCCCAACGCCUUCAUGAUCCACAUGCCUCACGCUCCCAGUUUUGAUAUCUCCAAAUUCCGCCGGAGCUCCAGCUACCGUGACUGCAUGAAGACCUUGAGGGAAGAGUUUCAUCAGGAUUUGUCACGCAAGUAUGGUGCGGCGGCACUCAAAUACCUCACUGCUGAGAGAAUCCUGUGAAUGAUAGGCUGGACACCAAAGGACAGGCUGGGAGAGCAACAGAGCCGGGCUUCUUGGAGAGGGUCACACCUGCAGCAAGGUGGCACAGCUCUGGCCUAGGUUGUGGGGCCCUGUUGUGUCCGGCUCUGAGGAGCACCCGUUGUUCAGGACAAUGCAUAUUCACUCACAAAUUCAAAUUCCACUCUCAGUCUGAAUUGCAUUUGUAUUUGCAAAUUGCAUAUAUAUGCAUUGACUUCUUUUUAUGUAUUGUUUCCAAAUUAAGGCGGAGAUGAGACUGGCGUGUACAGUGAAUCCCCUCCAUUCCCCACAUGCACAGUCUGAGCCCGAUUUUAAUUCAAUGCUACAUUCACCUAUUUUCAGUGGUGGAAAGGUAGAUUUUAGUUAGUAGUUCUACAUGGAACACGGAGAUCCAAAAUUCUUCUGUCUUGUUUCUCCAUGCCUAAUGGCAGGGCUGUUUGCUUUCCAAAGCAACCAGGUUUGCAUGAUUGCUGCAGCUUGUGAGCAGUGCUGAGCCACAGCUCCGUCUGUGCCAUUCUAAAUAUUCAACUGACAACUGCACCUUGACAUGUUGUCUGAAUCGGAGGACUCUGGGUUACACCAGGAUUAAACAACCCUCUCAGAACAUGUGUUAACCUAUGGACCUUGGAUUUGGACAACAGGACAAGCCAGUGUUGGCCUGAAUAUUCAGACUGGGCACCAGCAUGCACCACAAAGCCACAGCAUGCCCCUUGAUCACGUGAGCUGGUCCACGUGUUUUGGCUUUCUCCAUAGUUCUCUCCUCUUGUUCAUGUUCUUAUGUAAUUUGGAGGAUAAAGUUGCCACAAUUGCUGUCUGUGACCUCCAGCUGCAGAGGCAACAUGUCCCUGUAUGCCAGCUGCUGGGGCACAUAAAGAGGGAAGCGCCACUGUGCUUCUGUCCUGCAUGAGGUUGGCCACUGUGGGAGCAGUGUGCCGGCUAGCUAGGCCUUCCGGCUCUUUUUAUGUUUUUAGCCUCACGCCUUGCUCUCGUUUCUGGCAUCCCCUGAAAACCAAAUUUGAAGAAUAGCAAUUUUGAUGAAAGUCUUUAAUGUUACUAAAAUGUAUAAACAUGCUUUUCCCUAGUUGCAGAAUGUUUGGCUCCUGAAUACUUUCCAUGACAAAUGCAAGAGGGCUACAUGCAUACAUCUCUUUUUUGCCUAUCUGUGAACCUAUUCAUAAUAAUAGGGCUUUAUUCUGUGCCCUGUUCUGAAACAGCCCUAAAGGCUUUUUAAGCCGUACUGUUUGUUUCUGUUUGGACGGAAGAUAAGCUCAAGGGAAGUCAUAUCCAUAGUUCAGAGUUGUAUGCUGACCCUAACUCUGCUGUGCCUGCAUGUAGGCUGGACUUCCUUUUCAACAGGAGCCCACCAGCCAAGUGCCCUUGAAAAAGUUAUAAGCAGGUUAUUUUAGAGAUAGCCAGCCCCACUGGUGCCUUCUUCCUCUACCCCACCAUCUGAAAUGCACAGAUAUAUUGCUGCUUUUCAUAUAAGUUCUGUUUUGCUAUCACAGCUAAUAGUCAUGGAAUCAUAUCUUGGAUGCAAUUUUGAUGUUGCACAUCAUUGCCAAGCAAGCUCUUUCCCCCUCCCAUGGAGGAAGAUUUAGCCCUGCCCCUCCCUUCCAAGCAGAUGGAGUAUAGCCUUGAAGUAGCCUUUCUGAUAAUAUUUGCUCAGAUUCUCUUGUGUAGCAAAGCAGGGACAAAAACGACACAGAGGGACCUUCCACAAUGGACUGAAGACUGUUUUCCCACCUUGAGGUUGAAGCUGAGGUCAAAAGCUGUGAUCCUUUGUUGUUGCAACUUGGAAAGGAUGCCUGAGCCAUUCUCUGCAGGCUGCUGUCCAUACAGCUGCAUGGAAAACCUGAUCUUCAAAAGAAUAAGCCAACACUUUGAAGGAAGAUAUCUGAAUCUGUCAGUUGAGGGGUCAUGAAGUGCUCUUAGUGAGUACUGCCGCUGGAUGUGUGUGUUGGGGACAGCAUCAGUCCAGCAUCGCUCCACAAUGAUCAAACACUGGAACACGAGAAGAUGGGCAAAACCUGCAAGCACUUUCCUCACUUGCUAUUUAUAUAAUUUAAGGCAUUUUCUCCCAAGGUACAAAAUGAUUUGGGUGUCUUGGAUUUUCUAAUGGUUUCUUUUUAUCGCUUUGGUUCUAGAGCACCUCUGGGGCCUUUGCUGCUAGUCUUUGGUUUCUCUCUUGACUUCUUGGCAUUAAGCAGGAAUGUGAGAGCUUCCAAAGUACUGGGACUAAGCUUUCCUGUCCCAAGUUAAGGAAGCUCAUUUAAGAGUGCUUCUGGACAAGAGGAUCCCAGUACUAACAGUUAGAAGCCAUUGAGCAGCUUAUUCUAUCUUCAUGGAAAACCUAGCAGGUUUUCUGUGGUAAGAAAAAAAGAUGGCAGAACAGUGGGAAAACACUGAACAGUUUGAGUGGAAGAUGUCUGGAUUCUCCAUUAAUGAGGCAGGGAAACAGCCUGACAAAGCAUUCUCUGGAAGCACCUUAAAUGCUGAAACUGGCUUAAACCAAGUAUUGUACAGAAUGGACACAUUUCCUGCCAUUUGUAAAAUUAAAGUUUUUAGAAUUAUUUUUCAA